AUGAGUGAAAUACAAAUGAUUAGAAAUAACGAAUUUAAUAUAACAAUGUCUAACAUUAGUAAAGAUAAUAAUCGAAUUGAAAUGCAAGAUAAUUCAAUACAAGAAAAAAUGAAUAAAUUUUGGAAUUAUUAUUCGAAAAUUUUAAUGCGUUUUUCAUGGUUAAUACUUGUUUUAAGCUUAUGUAUAACUAUUGGGCUUACAAUAUGUUGUUUUCUUUUUAUGGAAAUACGUCAAUUUGAUGAAACAAAUUUUUUUAUUCAAAAUGGUCAAGCUUUAAAAAAUAUUCAACGAAUUCGAACAAUAUUUGGAAAUGAUAAAAAUUUUCGUGCACAUCAACAAAUGAGUCUUUAUCCAGCUAUAGAUAUUAUUAUUAAAAGAAAAUUACAAACAAAUAAUGAAAAUGUUAAUGAAACAAAUAUGUUAAAUAAUGAAAUUAUUGAUGAGGUAUGA